AUGCAUUCUUAUGAUGAUUUCCUGUGCAUUAUCUACAUUCUUCAAAUUAUAAUUGGAGUUUUGGGGAAUAGUUUACUCCUUUACCUUUAUGGUUCUAAUUCAAUUGGUGGGCAAAGAACAAGGCCCAUUGGCCUGAUUUUCAUUAAUUUGGCCUUUUCCAACAUUUUGAUGAUUCUCUUCAGGGGAGUUCCAUGGGCAAUCCAGUCUUGCACCCAGAAAAUCUUCCUGGGUGACAUUGAUUGUAAAAUUGUAGUUUAUCUGCAAAGAGUUUCCCGGGGUCUUUCCCUUUGUACUACCUGUCUCAUGAGUUUCUUCCAAGCCAUCAUGAUUACUUUUUGUAGCUCCAAAUGGUUAGAACUCAAAACCAGAGCUACUCAAUAUAUUGUUCCAUCCUGUGUCUUCAUAUGGGUACUUAAUCUGUUGGUAGAUGUGAUUGUGCCUCUGCAUGUGACUGGUCCUAGGAACAGCACAAACAGUAUGCUGAGCAAGAACCUUGGCUAUUGCUCUAUAAACAGGUAUGCCAUGACCACUUUGAAACUUGUGAUUUGGAAGUCACUUUAUGAUGCAGUGUUUGUGGCAUUCAUGGCCAUUACCAGUGGCUACAUGGUGUAUGUUUUGUACAGACACCACAGGAAAGUCCAACAUAUUCGUGACACCCCUAGUGCCUCCCCAGAGAUCAGAGCCACUAAAGCCAUCUUGUUUCUUGUGAGCAUCUUUGUAUUAUUUUAUUCAAUCAGUUCUAUCUUUAUUAUUGUGAUGGAUAAUUCAAAAGAUAAAAACCAGUGGUUGAUAUACAUAUCAGUUUGUUUGACCUUGUGUUAUCCAACAGUCAGUCCCUUUGUUUUAAUCAGUAGUGACUCCCGGAUACCCAGUUGUUGUAAUGCUCUCAAGAGGAUGAAAAUGUCUUACCCACACUCAUCAAGAUCUCAGAACAAACUCAUGUAA